GCCCGCUCAGCUCAAGGAACAGCUUCGUGGCCGCGUGUCGGACGUGGUGUCAUGCGAUCUGUUCAACCGCGAGAAGGGCAAGUUCCUGCCUGAGAAGCAUGACCGUGAAGGCGUCUACGACGUUGUCGUCACCUCCAUGCUGCUCGAGGCCGUCAUCCAGGACCUGGACACCUACGCCAGGGUCAUCAAGAGGGUCCACGGCCUGCUGCGUCGGCAGGGCCACCUGAUGAUGAGCGGUGUGCUGGGCAUGACCUACUGGGACAUGAAGGCGGGCAAGUUCAACUGCGUCACCCUCACCAAGGAGAACGUGGAGAAGGUGAUGCGCGACGCCGGCUUCAUGGACUUCGAGUGGACCAUCGUGGACCGCGAGUACUUCCACUCGGUCAGCGACUACACAAAGUCCUUCCUGGUGCUCGCCCGCAAGCCCUAGACCUCCCACCCAGGACCACAAUAAAUCGCUC